CCACCUUAAGAGGAGUGGGCGGGCCUUAGCUCUUUCGACCAAUGAGCGGCCUUCUGUGCGUUUAAAUAGCUCGGCGUGUCAAUCAUGUCGUCGCCCCCCUCCCGUCCCCCGCCCCUGUCGUCCUCCCCUCUCAAUCGCCAUAUUGGUGCUGAGCAGGUUUGUCCGCAGUUUCUCUCACUCCGGGAGCAAAGUGACAGAGUGGCUGCAGUUCCCGAGCACUUUGUUUUGAUGGUCCGCGGAGACUCCGCUCGUCCUCAGCGCGCCGCGGCCGUUAGCGUCUCCUGCUCCGUCUGCAUGGCACCGUGAGCCGUUUUACGCUUGUUUUGGAUCCGUGCGUCGAGGAGGAGAUACCCAUUGUUUUUCUUGAGUUUUUUCCUUUUUUUCUUCUUUUUCUUUUUUCUUUUCUUUUUUUUUUCCUCUUUGGUAUUGGUUUUUUUUUUCGCUCGUGAAAACUGGACGCUCCCGGCUGCUUGAGAAAAUCACGUCUUCGGAAGGGGGAAAAAUGUCAGAUGUUCGACUUUCCAACGGGAGCCCGACGCUGGAGCGCACGGAGCCCCGGGUGUCGGAGCACCCGAAGCCGUCCGCCUGCCGGAGCCUCUUCGGCUCGGUGGAUCACCAAGAGUUAAAGAGGGAUUUAAAGGGACAUUUGCGGGAGAUGGAAGAGGCUGCUUCCGCCAAGUGGGGCUUCGACUUCGCCAAUCACACGCCGCUGGCCAACGCCAGGCUCGACUGGGAAUUAGUGGAUUGCAGAGACGUCCCGGAUUUCUACAGCCGGCAGCCGCGGAGGGAGAAAGGCGUCUGCCCCGCCGGGAAUAACAAUGUGGAUCUAAACGGGAAUCAUAACUGUGUGGUGGUGACUCCGAGCGAAGAUGCUGACAGGUCUGAAGGUCCGAUGGAGUGCACGGAGCAAUGCACCGGGCUGAGGAAAAGACCUGCGUGCCACGACCCCUCGGCCCAAAAUAAGAGGUCACACACCAGCUCGGAUGAGAUUAGUUGUCCAACCCUGAGCCACUCAGCAGAACACACACCCAGAAAGAGCAGCCCCAAGAGACCGACGUGAGGACGCCACACGAGCUGAAGAUGAGUCCCCCUCUUUUUCUUACCGCGAUGGGGGGGAAGAAGACCUCAGUGUUGGCUGAAUUUGGAAAAAGAGGAUCCACACAGCAUCAGAAACAUAUCAACUCUCCUGAAGACGGGGGAGGACGCUGUUGAAGCACUGAAUAGAAACACUAAAGUUGUGGCACUCAAUUAAAAGUUACUGCCUCGAAAAGCAGUCAAUGUAGCAGUGUGCAAUUAGGUUUGAUUUCCUUUUUUGCUCCUUUUUUUUUACUACCUGUGUGUAAAUAAAUAUAUAUAUAAAUCUAUCUAUAUAUAUAUAUAUUAUAUUUCUCUCCAUAUGUAGCACAUAAAACAUGAUUUAAAAACAAAUUCUUUAUGUAAGAGAAAGUGUGAAUUUUGAUUUGACUUGAAGAAUUGCAGUGUAGUUUGAGACAUGUUUUCCAAAAUGCUGUUCCUGUUUUCGUUUCAUUUUCUCUCUAAAAAGCAGCGUGAUGUUAUCACAGCCCCUAAUUGCAACAUUCAAAUCAAAGGAUCCAUUACAGUUUCUUAACAGUGUGUCCUCACUUCGUCAUCUUCCUCACUCGGCAGUGAAGAACGGUACAAAUGUAGCGCAUCCUUUCGUAUUUCAUUUCCCCUCGCUGUGGUCAUCGGUGUAACCGGGUGCGAGUUGUGCCAUGGGAAAUCGGCACAGGAAGAAGUGUGAGAUUUCUCCAGUCAGCCGAUAUUUAUUUUGUAAGAGAGGUUGUGUGAGUUAAUCCCUGGAAGGUGAUCACAGCGGUGUGUAUUUUUGGUUUCCCCUCCCCUGGAGUUGUGAGGUACUCAGAUAUUGAAGGACUAAGAUCAUGCAAACUGCACAGGUUGUGUUCCCUUUGAAUUCCUCAUGUUUCAAUGAGCCGCGGCGCUCUUCUCUCUGCACAGGGGUCGAAUGUCCUACAAUACCAAAAUCCAUGGUUGCUUCAGUACAGACGGCAGCAGUGACCUGUGCUCUUCAUUUGACUUCACAUUGUUUUUUUCUUUGUGAUAUUGCAGACAUUUGUGCUUUUUUUUUUUUUUUUUUUUUUUAUGUCAACAUUAGCCUGCUGAGGAUGCAACUGUGAGCAUCUAAAAGCUUCCCUCUUUAUUUGCCUGAAGUGUGGUUUAUGUAAACCCGGGUGUGUGUAUGCGUGCGUAUGUGUGUGUGUGUGUGUGUGUGUGUGUGUGUGUGUGUGUGCGUGUGUGUGUGUGCGUGUGCGUGUGUGUGCGCGCGCGCACCUGGGUGGAGACAGAAACAGCUGGUCUCAGUAGAAAUGCAGUCACUAUGCCUGUGUAUUUGUGUAAAUCUUUGCAAUGUACUUAUGUACAUAAUUUUUUUUUGUAAAAACACUGAGAAAUUAUACUAACUUAUUUAUGUUAAGCCUUUUUUAUGUAGAAUAAAAAAUGGGUUUUUUUUAUUAUGGAUAUCCAAAGUGGCAUUUACUUUAUUAUAAUUGUUUUAUUUUGUACAAGCAUAUUUUUGGUAGGUCUUUUUUUUUUUUCUUAUAAAUAAGGUUGCAAACUGAGCCUGAUAAAAUAUUUGAUGUGCAUUUUGUAAUGUGUGGUCAAACAAAUGUGUUGCAAUCAAUUAAAUGAGGAAAAU